GCUGCUAUGGCUCCUCAAAUUCUAUCCACAACCACAAUUCCCUCCCUCUCUUUUCUCUUCGGCAUUUUACCAUCUGUCUAUCGUAUAUAAUAACACUGCUCCGCUCUUCAACUUCAACUUCCUUCUUCUCCUUCGAAAACAGCAAACAAAGAGCCUAUCCCCUCUCUCUAUCUCUCUCUCUCUCUCUCUCUCUGUGUUCCUGCGCCUGCACUUCUGCUCUAUGGGUUGCAGACUUGCAGAUGCUGUUUUCCUCUUUAUGAACCCACAACCAAGGCCAAUUCGGAGUCAGAAGAUUACUACCCAUUACCCUCCAGGCAUUAAUCACUUGACACCAGACAAGCUUCUUCUGAAAGGAAAGAAACAGAAAAGUGUUUUAUUCCAUUUGAAAAGGGCCAAACCUGUACAAGCAGUGGCUGUUCCAGUUGCACCAUCUUCAGCAGACAGUGCUCAGUAUAGAAAGCAGUUAGCAGAAAGUUAUGGCUUCAGACAAAUAGGAGAACCACUUCCAAGCAAUGUUACAUUAAAAGAAAUCAUUGAUACUCUGCCAAAAAAGGUGUUUGCAAUUGAUGAUGUGAAAGCAUGGAAGUCAGUUUUAAUAUCAGCGACUUCGUAUGCAUUAGGGCUCUUUAUGAUUUCAAAGGCCCCAUGGUACCUACUUCCGCUUGCUUGGGCAUGGACAGGAACUGCUGUCACUGGGUUUUUUGUUAUAGGUCAUGACUGUGCUCACAAAUCAUUUUCAAGGAACAAAUUAGUGGAAGACAUUGUGGGAACUCUGGCCUUCCUGCCACUAAUAUACCCAUACGAGCCUUGGAGGUUUAAGCAUGAUAGGCAUCAUGCAAAAACAAACAUGUUGGAUGAAGAUACGGCAUGGCAUCCUGUUUGGAAACAGGAAUUUGAUUCAUCUCCUAUGUUGCGUAAAGCGAUUAUAUAUGGAUAUGGGCCAUUUCGACCUUGGAUGUCUAUAGCUCACUGGUUAAUCUGGCACUUCGAUGUAAAAAAGUUUAGGCCCAAUGAAGUUAAGAGGGUGAAGAUAAGUUUGGCAUGCGUUUUUGCAUUCAUGGCAAUCGGAUGGCCAUUGAUUAUCUAUAAGACAGGGAUCGUGGGAUGGAUCAAGUUCUGGUUAAUGCCAUGGUUGGGCUAUCACUUUUGGAUGAGUACGUUCACAAUGGUGCAUCAUACGGCUCCUCACAUUCCUUUUAAAUCUUCAGAGGACUGGAAUGCAGCUCAGGCCCAGCUCAAUGGAACAGUUCAUUGUGAUUACCCUCGUUGGAUUGAGGUCCUCUGUCAUGAUAUCAAUGUCCACAUCCCCCACCAUAUUUCUUCAAGGAUACCAAGCUAUAAUCUACGGACAGCACACAAAUCUAUUCAAGAGAAUUGGGGAAAGUAUCUUAAUGAAGCAACAUGGAAUUGGCGUUUAAUGAAGACGAUAAUGACAAUUUGUCAUGUUUAUGACAAGGAGAAAAAUUACGUUGCUUUUGAUGAGCUUGCCCCUGAAGAUUCUCAACCAGUUACAUUCCUGAAAAGUGUGAUGCCUGAGUAUGCUUGAAGUUUUGUGACUGUUUGGGUCCACUGCUUUUUGGUUCCUUCUUAUCCCUUAUCAUUUUCUUCAUGGGUCAAAUUAGGUAUGCAAUUGCAUUUGUUUACAUGUUCUUGCUGAUGUUGAACCAUUCUUUUUAAAACAUUUCUUAAUAUAGGAGACAAUAAUCUCAAUGAAGCUUCCUGGAAGUUUACUAUUGUUUUUGGUUAUCAGAUAAAAAGCUUUAUAUAGAGACUGAUUACAUCCAGGAUUAGAUUCCCUGCUUGUUGAGAUGAAAUACAUCCAUGUAUUUGAACAAAAAUUGUACUAGAAAAUGGGGUUUUGCUGAAAUGAUCAAAAUCUCUUUUUUUUUUUUUUUGUCA